AUGGCACAACGACCGUCAAAGGUCUCUAAGUCUUCUGACGCACUUUUCGAAUAUCAAAUCUCCGACUUGAAAGUUCAGAAUUCCCUUACUAUUCAAGAAAAUAGUAAACUCCGUUUUCAGCUUUCUUUUCUUACUCAAGAAAACGAUAAUCUUCGUUCUGAAGUUACUGCAUUAAAAGAUCAAAUGAAAGUCCAAGAAGCUGCUCUUUCUAUUUCAAAUAGAGAAUUUGAAGAAUUUUUCUUAAUU